CCAAUUGAAAAAAUUAGUAAAAGACAAUUUAAAGAAAUGAUUUGUAAGAGGACAAGCGAAGUUGCAGGAAUAUUUGAAGAUAAUCAAAUUAAUGCAUUUAAGAAUAUCAAAGAUACACAGAAAUGGCAAAAGACAACUCAUGAUAGGAAAAUUUAA